AUACUCGAGGACGGCGUCUACCUUUUGUGACAGGCCGCAAAGCGAGGGGGGCGGCGAAAGGGGGACUGUCUGUUCUUCUUGGGUGAAAAUAAAAAUGCUGCAGUCAAGUUGCUGCUGGUACUACUAGCUAAAGAUAGCAUUUAUUACCUGUAAAUGUUGAUUCUGCAACUUAAACGACCGGCAAUAUAAUCAUUGUUGUGCGUUUCACUUGAUUUACCGCGUGUAGGGCGAAACGGAUGGCUAAUUUAUUUGUUUGUCCAUGUUUUUGUAUUCUGUUUACUGUGAUUUCCUGGUCUACGUGCUGUUCACAUUUUCCGUAGUAUAGUAACCGGUGCCGAUUAGCUAGCUAGUUAGCUUUGAGGGGAAGUGUCGGACGGCGAUUACUGAUGGCUAGCUACUUAAAAACACAGGAAUUGAUGGUGCCAUCUAUCACAUCGUAUGGGAUUGUUGUUAGUAAUACCGUCUGACUGGCUGACUGCAGAACGGAGCUGAUUUUGAGUCAGUUCUCUAGUAUAAAUAUUAAGUCGUAAAGCAAGGACAUUCAUUAACGUUGUUCAUCAUAUCCACUAUAAGAUGAAGCAGCCUGUCGUGUCCGUCAACUGUAAAAAAAAAUUUAGCUCGCCAGAUCUAAUUUUGAAGUCGAUAGCUAGUAUUAAUUGGCCUGCCGCUGACCCAGACUUUAGCUUUGAGUAGGCUGAUGCAUUUGUGCGAGAUCGACAAUAACUUUUUCUGCCUUCGAGCAAGUGAAUAUUGGUGCACAUAAUCGCUGUUUAUUAAUCGGAUUAUCCCCUAAUAAUGGUUAUUCUAGAUAUUCGCGGCGACGUGUAGUUUUUAACGGGUUCGGAAUUUAAGGGUAACAAAUGUGCUGCUCCCUCAGCCCCAGCCGCGCGGCCAGAGGCGUCUCGGUGACGUCACCGGGCUCUGCAGCUUGGGUCCGUCUCCGCUGCUGGGUACGGGCUCCGGUCCACUGCAAGAGGCCGGCCGGUCAUAAUCCAAGCCGGACACCGCCGUAUUGCCCGGCUCCCUUUAGCUAUUUUAGAUCAAAUUGUCCUACGUGAGAUCAGACCCGGAGUUGUGCCGUUAAAGCCCUUCCUUCCCUAGGAGUAUCAGUUUGGGCAACUAACAAUGUUCCAUCGCAACAUUAGUACGACAUUUCUUAAUAUAUCUUAGGGUUAUUUUAAUUUAGAACAUGUUUUUUUGAGUUUGCCAUAAAUGACUUUACGACGGCGUAAUGCUAUCUCGUUUGUUGUCGCUUUUCUAAACCGGCAUUUCGGAUAAAAUCCGCGCAUUUCAUGCAGAUGAAUGGUCUUCGAGUGGCUGUAGUCUUCAGGAUGUUUCCAAAACUAGAUGGCUUUAACUCGUUUUUUUCGAGGUGUGGAUCCAUCGUGUCCAAUAAAGGACAGAUUUUGUUCCAGUGUUUGUUGGGCCACAGUUUAAACUAUUUGGACAUGCAGGAAUGAAGAAUCGUGGUGUUUCUAAAGCAGUGGUCUGUUACGCAGGGUGCAUGAUGCCUGUGGCUUUCGGGGUGCAUUAUAUGGCUGGUUUUUCACAAUUUUCCUUGACAGAUCUUUUUAUGUUAUACUGGACUCUGCUGAGGCCCCAUGUACUACACCACCUUAUAGAAAUAUCCUCAACACGAAUUGUAUCGCAGCCCCCCCCUUGAUUAUGCGUCCACAAUGAAGCGGCGCCUGGAGGAACAGGAACCGGUUUUUGCGUCUCAGCAGCGUCGGCUCUCAGGUGGCACUGACGGUUUCCAGCACCGUGUCCUGGCCCCUGCGCCAGCUGUCUACGAGGCCGUGCCGGACAGCAUGCAGCCCAGUGCCAGCAUCCAGUACUCUGUGCCACCACCAUACCAGGUUCCCACUGUGGCCCAGAGCUCCAGCAGCCAUGGGCACCCCCCCGGGCCUGUGGCACAUGGUGGGGCACACCACCACAGUCCUGCCAGCAGCACACAUGGGGCUCAGGGAGUGCAGAACCAUCCGCACCCCCCAGCUCCCCCUGCCCCCAUGCAGGGCCAGCAGCAGUUCCAGAGACUCAAGGUAGAAGAUGCUUUGUCUUACCUGGACCAGGUAAAGCUGCAGUUUGGAAGUCAACCUCAAGUAUACAAUGACUUCCUUGACAUCAUGAAGGAGUUCAAAUCUCAAAGCAUUGAUACUCCAGGGGUGAUCAGCAGGGUGUCUCAGCUCUUCAAGGGUCACCCUGACCUCAUUAUGGGAUUCAACACAUUUCUGCCUCCUGGAUACAAAAUAGAGGUGCAAACCAACGACUUGGUGAACGUCACGACCCCGGGGCAGAUCCACCACAUAACCCCCCAUGGCAUCUCCGUCCAGAACCUUCCCAUUGUGACCCCCCCUCAGCAUCAGUCUCACCUAGCUGCCGCAGCCAGUACUGCAGCCCCCCCUCCCCCUGCCCAGCCUACACCUGCCAAAAUGACUAAGCCGCUGCAGUCUCCAGCCCUGACGCCCAGCAGCCAACCCAACCCCUCCAUCCCGCCCUACGCCUCUCCCCGCUCGCCCCCCAUGCAGCCCCACACUCCGGCCAGCAGCACUCCAACUGGUGCCCCGGUCCUGCAGAACAACCAGCCGGUGGAGUUCAACCACGCCAUCAAUUACGUCAACAAGAUCAAGAACCGCUUCCAAGGCCAGCCUGAAAUCUACAAAUCCUUCCUGGAGAUCUUACACACGUAUCAGAAGGAGCAGCGCAACGCCAAGGAGGCUGGAGGGAACUACACACCAGCCCUAACGGAGCAGGAGGUCUAUGCCCAGGUUGCGCGCCUCUUCAAGAACCAGGAGGACCUGCUCUCAGAGUUUGGCCAGUUCCUGCCAGAUGCAAACAACUCUGUGCUGUUAAGUAAGACGACAGCGGAGAAGGUGGAGUCUGUACGUAACGACCACGGGGGCACCGUGAAGAAGCCACAACUCAACAAUAAGCAGCGGCCCAGUCAGAACGGCUGCCAGAUGCGAAGGCACUCUGCCGGCGUCACCACGCCCCCUGUCAAGAAGAAGCCCAAGUUGCUGGGUUUGAAAGACCAGCCGCUUGCAGAAGUCGGUAAACAUGGUAUCGGCACUGAGUCUGUCUUUUUUGAGAAGGUGCGGAAGGCCCUACGCAGCUCCGAGGCUUACGAGAACUUCCUGCGCUGCUUGGACAUCUUCAACCAGGAGGUGAUAUCGCGUGCAGAGCUGGUGCAGCUCGUGCUGCCCUUUCUGGGAAAAUUCCCAGAGUUGUUCAACUGGUUCAAGAACUUCUUGGGAUACAGGGAGUCUUCCCACAUGGAGAGCUUCCCUAAGGAGCGAGCCACUGAGGGCAUCGCCAUGGAGAUCGACUAUGCCUCCUGUAAGAGGCUUGGCUCCAGCUACAGGGCACUGCCUAAGAGUUACCAGCAACCGCGGUGCACAGGGAGAACGCCGCUCUGUAAGGAGGUGCUGAAUGACACCUGGGUGUCCUUUCCCUCCUGGUCUGAGGACUCCACCUUCGUCAGUUCCAAAAAGACCCAGUACGAAGAGCAUAUUUACAGAUGCGAAGACGAACGCUUUGAGCUGGACGUGGUGCUGGAGACUAACCUGGCCACGAUCCGCGUGCUGGAGGCCGUGCAGAAGAAGCUGUCCCGCAUGUCAGCCGAGGAACAGGCCAAGUUUCGCCUGGAUAACACCAUGGGCGGCUCGUCUGACGUCAUCCACCGCAAAGCUGUCCAGAGGAUAUACGGGGACAAGGCUCCUGAUAUCAUUGAUGGUCUGAAAAAGAACCCCGCGGUUUCUGUGCCGAUUGUGCUGAAGAGGUUAAAGAUUAAGGAAGAAGAGUGGAGAGAAGCGCAGAGGGGAUUCAACAAGAUCUGGAGGGAGCAGAAUGAGAAAUACUACCUGAAGUCCCUGGACCAUCAGGGCAUCAACUUCAAGCAGAAUGACACCAAGGUCCUGCGAUCGAAAACGCUGCUGAAUGAGAUCGAGAGCAUCUAUGACGAGCGCCAAGAGCAGGGCUCAGAGGAGAAUGCUGGCCCACACCUGAGCCUGACCUACGAGGACAGUCAGAUCCUGGAGGAUGCUGCUGCACUCAUCAUCCAUCACGUCAAGAGGCAGACCGGCAUUCAGAAAGAGGACAAGUACAAGAUCAAGCAGGUGGUCCAUCAUUUCAUCCCCGACAUGCUGUUCGCCCAGCGUGGGGAGCUGUCCGAUGUGGAGGAAGAGGAGGAGGAGGAGGCAGAGCUGGAUGAGGGUGGGGCUAAGAAGCACAACGGCGUGGGCGGCGGCUCGGGGGGGAGCCCCACCAAGUCGAAGCUCCUUUUCGGCAGCACGGGAGCCCAGAAGCUGCGCUCCACGGACGACGCAUACAACCUCUUCUAUGUCAACAACAACUGGUACAUCUUUUUGCGGCUGCACCAGACUCUGUGCGCACGGCUUCUGCGCAUCUACACGCAGGCGGAGCGCCAGAUCGAGGAGGAGUGCCGCGAGAGAGCGUGGGAACGCGAGGUGCUGGGCCUCAAACGGGACAAGAAUGACACGCCGGCUGUCCAGCUGCGACUGAAGGAGCCCAUGGACAUUGAGGUGGAAGACUACUAUUCAGCGUUCCUGGAGAUGGUCCGCAACCUUCUCGAUGGGAAUAUGGAUGCCUCUCAGUACGAGGACUCACUGCGGGAGAUGUUCACUAUCCAUGCCUACAUGGCUUUCACCAUGGACAAGCUCAUCCAGAGCAUUGUCAGGCAGCUGCAGCAUAUUGUGAGCGAUGAGAUUUGCGUGCAGGUGACGGACCUUUACCUGUCUGAGAGCCAGAACGCAGCCACCGGCGGCUCCCUGUCCACUCAGGCUUCCAGGGCAGCCCAGGAGGCAGCGUACCAGCGCCGGGCUGAGCAGCUGAUGUCCGACGAGAACUGCUUCAAGGUGAUGUUCCUGAAGAACAAAGGACACGUACAGCUGACUGUGGACCUGCUCGACACAGAGGAGGACAACUCUGAUGAGCCCAUGGAAGCUGAGCGCUGGUCCGAUUACGUAGGGAGGUACCUGAACUCCGACUCCACCUCACCGGAGCUCCGAGAACACCUCGCACAGAAACCUGUCUUCCUCCCCAGGAAUCUGCGUCGCAUACGCAAGUACCAACGGGGGCAGGAACAGCAGGAGAAGGAGGCUAAAGAGGGUGGAAAGAAGCCCCCCGAGGGCGCCGAAAACCUCAAGAUGGAGUGCAUGUUUAAGCUGAACUCCUACAAGAUGGUGUACGUCUUCAAGUCAGAGGACUACAUGUACAGGCGUACCGCCCUUCUGCGGGCUCACCAGUCACAUCAGAGGGUCAGCACCCGGCUUCACCGACGCUUCCAGGCCUGGGUGGACGAGUGGGUAAAGGAGCAUGUGACCCCGGAUAUGGCUGCCGGCUGCAGCAGGUGGCUGAUGGGAGAGGGCCGCGAGGGACUGCUGCCCUGCACCACCACCCGAGAGCCGGAAAUCGUCCACUUCAUGAGCAUCAACAAAUACCGCGUUAAAUACCUGGCCCCUUGCAAAGCUCCGUAGCCAGCAGGUGUUCUGGGAAGCCAAGGGGUGGGUCUCUGUGGGUCUCUGUUAGGGCCUGCGGACAGGCUGGCGGAGCCAGGGCUGGGCCGUCCUUUGUACACCAACACCGCAGCAAAAAACACAAAGAUCUGGUUGCCACAGCUGGUGUCACAUUUUUCACAGUUUUAUCUUUAAUGACCUUUUAGCUGUGCCCGCUUAUAACGGGCCCUCUGUGCCAAAACACGGGACUCCUCCAGUUGAACUGAACGCCCACCAACUCUUUUUGCAGAUUCUCUUGGCAUAAGAUAUGGCUGCAUACCAGAUUUGAACCCAGGUCACAGGUCUAGGUAACUUCAGGUGCUCUGCGGUAGGUAGUGAAAAAAUGCAGGAUGUUUUGUCCAUUGGGUCCCCUGGCUGCGCUGUGAUGCAGGCAAGGGCCGUGAUGUCAUGUCGCUGGAGGUGUGAGGGGCUUUUAAUUGACAGGCCUCAUGUGUGAAGCCAUCAACAUCACUUUGUCUGCAAAAAGACGAGGUAAUUAUUACUUUAACUUCUGGCUCAAUACAAUAAUUGGCUGAAAGAUGCACUUAACAUUCUGGCCCGCGUGUUACCAAAUUAAGAUUUUCCCCAUAGAAGUAUUCAAGUAGCUUAUUUGGAGAAUUAAAAGACACGAUGGAGAUACAACACAAGCAAUAUCCCUGUGCUAUUUGCUGUUUUCUAUGUCAGGGGAUGAAUUUUUUUUUUUUUUUAAGUCUCAUGGUGUUACUGCUCUUUCAGAGGCAGCAUUAAUACAUCUGUUAUAAAUCAGACUUGGUCUAAGUAGAUGCGCUAUCCAUAGCAAUUAAUGUAAAAACAUAGUCUCACUUUAGUAAUUACUGGCCACACACUGUAAAAUUGUAUAGCUUGUGAAUGUCAAUAUGACAGUUAUAUAUUCUGAUAUGUAUAAUCAAAACUAACUGACCUCCAUGAUGCAGUACUUUCUGAAGGUUCUGGCAGUGACCUGAGAAUCAGCACAUCAGCUAGAACACUCAAACAAUGGGGAUGGUCAAUAACUUAUAGAACCCACACAAUGCUCACUCUUUGUAAAUGAACUGUAUAUAGUGCAACCUUUUUUUAUUAUUAUAGAGAUCUGCGUUGAUUUGUUAGCCUGCAUCACAAGCUUUCAGUGGACUUUAGUGAGAGGUGGCUAAAGUUAGUAUAUAUAAAAAGCUAAAUUGUAUGACAGUUUAUUACAGUUUUUACCAAAGGGAGUUUAUUAAAAAUUAUAGUAGUUUUUUCUGUGUUUCUUUUUUAUUUUUUUUUAAUAGUGGAAAAAAAAUUUCAUUUAAAAGUAGAAAAUUUUCCAGGAUUUUUGAAAUGGAGGUUUUUAUAAAACAUCCUCAUGAAGCUGACGUUUUAAUUGUGUGUUAAUUUCAGACUGUAGUGAUUCACUGCCCAUUGGGAUUAUCCUACGCAACAAACGAGAAUCUAAACCGAAAAAAAAGACUUGAUUUACACAUUAAUAAUUACUCUUGAUAAGAGCAAAAAAGGUAUUGUAUGUUGAUGCCCAUGAUAGAUUUCUGCUCAAAAUAUGGAGAAUUUGUAAAACGUCAUAAAAGCAUGUCUUUUCUGUGGAUCUGUAUAGCCCCUUUAUUUCGGUAGUAUUUAAGAUUUCUAAUAAAAAAGAUGAUUGUAGCUGAUUUACCUUA